UCAAUAUGCGUGAAGUAAUUUCAAUUCAUAUUGGACAAGCUGGUGUACAAAUGGGAAACGCCUGUUGGGAAUUAUAUUGUUUGGAGCAUGGCAUUCAAUCCGAUGGUAUUUUACCUUCCGAUAAAUUACCAUUAAAUGGUAACGAUGACAGUUACAGUACAUUCUUUUGUGAGACAAAUGCUGGAAAACAUGUUCCUCGAGCAUUAAUGGUGGAUUUAGAACCAACAGUUAUUGAUGAGAUCCGUACCGGAUCAUAUCGGCAUUUAUUCCAUCCAGAACAAUUAAUAACUGGUAAAGAAGAUGCUGCAAAUAAUUACGCUCGUGGACAUUAUACAGUUGGAAAAGAGAUUGUGGAUAUUGUAUUAGAUCGAAUUCGAAAAUUAGCUGACCAAUGUUCUGGGUUACAAGGUUUUAUACUGUUUCAUUGCUUUGGUGGUUAG